AUGGAGGAGAACAGCCGUCCACACACCAUCGGCAGCCGCGCCUACGACCGCCUGGCCAUUAAGCCAUGCCCAUCUACCCACCCGGCCACACCAGCCCACUCCAUCGCUCGGCAGCUGCCCAGGGGUUGGCUGCCUGAGUCGUUCGCAGGAAAGGCACCAGAGGCGACGGACUCGUGGGCUAGCAUCGAUGGCGAUGGAGGCGUGGGCCUCCGGCAACUUCGAUGGUCUCCCGGCAUCUUAUCUUGCCUUGGUCGGCCCGUUCCCAGCCUGUUCUCUGCUUUAUUAACCUGGCUCCGAUUACUGGGGCUGCUUCUUCCUUUGCCAGCGCGCAUCAUGGCUGCCACGCGAGCGGGACACGAUGUUCGCUGGGAAUCCGCGAUGUCGGCCCGGCGGCAGUGGAGAACGUGGCCGUCAUUGCCCAUUUUGGCGGCGGAUGGGUUACGCCCCUGGCCACAGCGCCGGCACCUCCUCUGCGCAGAAGAUUAUGGAGGACAAUGUGUGAGAGGACCGGCGGCGGGUCUUCCCAGGCUUCAGCCAGGCAGCCAGCCAAGCAACUCAGGCCUGGCCGCUGAAUAG